AUGGCUAAUCUCGGUUAUGCGAGCACCGUUGGCGGUGUCACGAAGAUUAUCAAUUUCAUCAUCGGACUGGUGGUCAUGAUCAUCGUAGCUGCCCGUAUUAAUGUCUACUGGGGUGAGGGUGGCUACAUGCUGUUUGCGUCCAUUUUCGCGUGGGUGUUUGCAUUGGGACUUCUCCUUCUACAUAUCGCGGAUGACACCGAGAGAAGAGCCGUUGAUAUCUUUGAAGUGGUAACGCUAGGACUGACCAUCAUUUUUGUCACUUGUGCGUUUAUAAUCGCGGCUGUGUUUGCGGGCCAGACAAACCAUGGCAUUUUAACGGCCAUUACGGUCCUUUUUGCGGUUAUUCUUAUCGCCGCCGCGAUCGACUUUGGCAUGCAGUUGAAAAAAGUGCUUCAAGCAUAA